UCUAUAUUCUCUCCAGAACGGAACUAGAAGGAUGUUGCCGUUGAUCCUUUUCGUUUUCUCUACUUCUCUCUCGUUUACUACCUCAUCAUGGGCAUUACCAGGGAAGGAGAAAGAUCCUAUGAUAAAUCCAGGAAUGUUCGAAGGAGACAUGUUAGGUGUUUCAAGAUCAAAGGAUAGAAACGCAGUUCCUCUUGAUUCUCAAAGAUGGCCUGGAGGAGAAAUUCCUUAUAUUAUAAAGGAAUCAGUCGAUGCGAAUACAAGAAAAGCUCUAAAAGCUGGAAUGGAUCACAUAUCAUCUAAAACUUGUAUCAAGUUUGUGGAAAGAAAAGAUGAAAGAGACUACGUAGAGGUUUUCAAGGGAAAUGGAUGUUAUUCUCAUUGGGGCCGGAUCGGUGGAGUGCAAUCCGUAUCUCUGGGAAAUGGAUGCUCUGAUAUAGGAACUGUAGUCCAUGAACUCCUUCAUGCAGUCGGUUUCGAACACGAGCAUAAUAGAUCAGACAGAGAUGAUUAUCUCAAAAUCAACUGGCAAAACAUAUUACCAGGAUAUGAAGAUUCUUUCGAACCGUUGAUGCCACACGAGGAGCGACGGCUUACUGACUUCGAUUUCGACUCUGUCAUGCUGUAUGGCAGCUAUGCAUUCAGUAAAGAACCUUUUUUUCUCAAAACCAUGGAAGCCCUUAAUGGCCGUGAAAUGCCUGAAGUCUAUUACAAGAAAGGCCUAUCUUCAGAUGACAUUAAGAGAGUGAAACUUCUCUACGACUGCUAAUGAAUAAUCAGAAAAUACAUCAGAAUAUAUAUAUAUAUAUAUAUAUAUAUAUAUAUUUAUUUAUAACAACAGUUAUUGGAUUAUUAUUACAGUUAUUCAUAUUUAUAAGUUAUAUAUUUUAUUAGGCAAUUAUUAAUAUUUAUAAGAAGAGUUAUUGGAUUAUCCGUUAGGAAAAUAAAGAUUAAGAAUGUGAAAUUUAAUGCUAGUUUAGUAAAAAUUCAGUUAUUGUCUUGAGGAAGUAAAAAAUUGUUUUAACUAAAAGUAAAAUUAUGAAAACAGGAAAAUGAAUGUUAAAACAUGAAACAAUUAUUGCUAUUCAAUGAAAAUUAAUUGACUUAUCAAGAGGAACAAACCAAUUUUGAUCAAUUAAAAAUAAUUAAUAGAAGCGAAAGCGUUUCGUCGUCUUUAUAUGAAAAAAUGUAAAACCCCAAGCCAGUAAGGUAUUGACUCAAAACGUUUUCAAAGUGCACAUUAAGUACAAAUCUUAAUUGGAUGAAAGAAUAACUAUUCAGAAGUUUGCCAAAUUUAUUCAAAGUACAAGUCAAGAACUAAACUGAAAUAAAUAUUCAAGUAAAGAUUUCGAUGUUUCUUGCAUUAAAGACUAUUUCCCGACACUUUCGCCUCAGAACAUAGUAAAACAAUGCAAAAAUUAAAUAAAAUAAACAUAAAAAGAAUUAAAACAGUGUAAAAAUUAAUAUUAGACUAAACAAGUAAUACAUUCUUAAUAGACUAAAAUAAAAUAAAAAAGCAAAAAUGUAAGUAUUUUUAAAAGCAAUAUAAUUAUAAUACAUUAAAAAGGCCAAAAAUGAAUUAAAGUUACAUGUUUGCAAAAUUUGAAUAUUUAGGCACGGCCUGGUUAGCUACAGAGUGACGUCACGGAAGGCGUCUGAGUCUUCCGUGACUUUGCUGCAGGUUUGAAGAUGCGCGUUUCGUUAGAUGUUUAUAGAUUCUUUUGUUUUAAAUAAUGCAUAGUAAUAGGCUUACGGGCUUAAGUAUAUAAAAGGAAGUUUAUUCAUUUACAGUUAAGAUUGAUAGUUUAAUAGGUAUUAUCUUAAGGAAUAUUCAUGAAAUUUUCUAUCCAAUGUUUUACAACAUUUUGUACAAUUAUUUUUAUACUGCAUAGUAAUGACUUUUUAGGAUUUGCUGAAAAUCAAAAUUUAAAAAUAAAUAAAUAAAUAAAGGUUGCUAUUUAUUAACAUAAGUAAAUCUUUAUAGUUUAAUUAUUUUUACUUCCACUAAAUGCUAAAAUAAAAUUCUUUAAUAAAUACUCCGGAAAAUAUAUUUACAAAAUUUACUGUUGAUUUCACUGAUCCCAAAUUUUGAGGUUUAAUUUCGCAGACGUGAAGGAAAAGAAUGAAAAGAUUCUAAAAUAUAAAUAAUGACAAAAUAUAAACACUAAACUGACAAAAUAUAGACACUAUUUAAUCAAUUAAAAGACAUGAAAACAAUUUUUAUUAUCUUAUCACAAUAUAAUUAUUUAUUAAUAAUUAAUAAUUAUUGCUGUUUUUAAUUUUAAGAAUAACUUGAACGAGCGAUCAGUAAUAUAUCCAAUGCUUUAAAACUAUAAAUACUUCAGAGCUUUCAAAAAGUAUGCAGAUGUGUUUUUUAUUCAUUUCAGUUAUUAUCUAACAAAAAGAACACGAAAUCAAAAGUCGCAGAAAAAUUAAAAUUUCAUAAAAUCCUCUUGGCAUUUGCCAACAUAAAUUGAAUAAAGCAUACUUUUGGCAAUAUUACAGCAGGCGAAUGAUUACUAAUGCAAAAAUAUCUUUAUGAUCUGAAUAAAUGAAUCUUUAUGGAAAGAAGAAAUCGUAAAAGACUGGAUAGAUGUUGCUUCAAUACUUUCAAGAUUCUCAGGAAAACCAAUUAAUUUUUUUUCCCUUUCUAUGUCACCUUUUCACUUGAACUUCAUCAAUCUAAAAAUCCCUGAAUUGUUUAUGUUCCAGUAUUUUUUUUUUAAACCUUUUUCAGUACUUCCAGUUAGCUUCAUUGUUCGUUGAUCCAUCAAGCUUUCAGAGAUUUCAGAUUGAUCCAUCAAGCCUAGGAGUUUUCACAGAUGAUCCAUGGAUGGAAGGCAGAUUAGUUGACUAUCACAAAAGGAACUGUAACAAGCAACUUACUUAAUCUAUAACGAUUUGAUUUGAUUUGGUUUAGUUUAUUAUGCCAAAACACACAAGGGCUAUAUGUCUGAGGGAUGCCUUCGCGGAGGACUUUCUGAAGGAAACCGGCUCGUAUACACGUUAUGCAUUUUGAAAAUCACAAAAAUGCACCUGCAGCCAGUCCCUUGGCUUGGAAUCGAACCAGGUCGGAACUACCAGUGUUCAGAAAGCGGAAAAAUUAGUUCGUAUCAGGGCUACCAUAAAUUUGUCGAGAGAAUUUGUCUGAUUUAGUUAAAAUUGGCUGCAAAACUUUAAAUUGAAAUCGGCCCGUUUUGUAGUAAAAGCAGAAAAUGUUAGCAGAAAUUAGUAUUUUACAUCAUAUACAAUAAUUACAGGAGUAAUUACAAAAUUUACAAAUCCUUAAACUGACAGACUUUCAAUAGAAUCCUUCUUUUGAAAGUUUAGGAAACUAUUAUCAUAAUUCUACCAGUAAAAUGAUUAGAUUGAGUAUUUAACUCCUGCUUUUUUAAGACAAAAAUUAAUAAAUUGAUUUGGCACUUUAUUUUUAUUUUUAAGAACUUUAAUUAGUAAAAUUUCGUUUUGAACACAUAGUGUAUCUAAAAUAUUUUUAAUGUGUAGUAUUUGAUUCAUUGUUAUGUUACUAAUUACUUUUUGUAAAUGUUGGAAGUCCAAUUAAUUAAUUUACAAAUUUAAAGCCACGAAUUUUGUCAAAGAGUAGUGCGCCUAACUGUAGUUGAGUAUUUGAAGAUCUAGAUAAUCUAAAACUUUUAGUGAAGAAUUAGUUUUAUUGAGUUUUAAGUUAUCUGGAUAAAUUUGAAAGUUUUCUAUUUUGUUGAAAUUACUAAAAGUAAUUAGAUCAUCUAUGUCUCUGUAAGUAAGAGAAUAGAAAAUUUAAUCAUCUUGUUGUAAAGAUUUUUGGAAUAUAAAUCCUGCAAUAAAUAAAAAUAGAUUACACAGACUAGAAUACAUAUAAGCUCCCAUUGGUAUUAAUUUUACUUGUUUAAAAAGUUGAUUUUCAAACUUAAUGAAGUUAUUAAAAUUAGUGCAAUUAAGGAAUGUCUUCCAUUUAUUAAAGUAUAGUCAGCGUAUUAGGAAAACGUUCUGGCAGAGUAAGAAGGUUAUUAUAUAAUCAUAUUUCUUCUGAGGGAAGAAAAGUAUAUAAUUUUUCAAAAUCUUUGAAGUUGAUAUUUUGUAUAUUAAGAGACUGAAUGGCUUGAAUAACAGGUAGUUUGUUAUUGAUAAUCCAGCAAUAAUUAUGUUCCGUGUUACUAGAAGCGAAUAUUUACAAAUUUUUUUAAGCUGCAAUGCAAAAAAAUUUAGCCAAUAUUUUUCUUUUAGUUAUUUGUGCCAUUCGGAAUGAAUCUGAAUUUAAGCGGUGUUUUUUGGAACUUAAAGCAUAAAGGUUAACGAAUCUGUUAUAAUUGGGUUCUAUAGAAAGUUUGAGUAUUUUGUGAAAGGCUUUAAUUUUGUUUAUUACUGAGGUACCUCAGUCAGAGACAUCUCUGCUGUAGUAGUAAGUUGAUAAGUAUUAGCGUUGAAAAGUUCUGUAUUAAUAUUUUUUUGUAGUAAAGUUUUCAAAUAAUGCU